AUGGUACUGCAUGCUGAGUUCGAAUACGUUUUGAUUUAGGUACACGGCAAUAGCAGGUGUCUUGGCACAAACUCAGCACGGACUUGCUCGCCCGAGCUUUGAUAGAGCCCCGACCGUUGGUGUCUAGGUGACAAAUGUCGCUGAACAGCCUGCGGGGCCUUGCCCGUAGCGCGCUGCAGGCGAAGAAUGCCCUGCCCGCAAAGGCUGGAGCUGGCGCGCCUGUGAAGCUUGCGCCUCGUCCUGACAAGCCUCUGCCCACCUGGUACGAGCUUUGGUGGGACAAUGGAUACUAUCCCGGUCAGCCGGCGGCUGACUUCAUGUUCGGUGCCUGGCCCGGCAACAUGACCGAGACUUACUACCUGCGCUUCUGGUCGGUGUUCGGCCUGGCGCUGGCCGCGCCCUUCUACUACGUUGCCAACUUCACGGACGAGACCCGCAUGCCCAUGGUGCCUCAGCAGUACCCGGCUGAGGUCCGCGACGUGCUGGUGCAGCGGCGCAACAGCAUGCUGAAGCACGACUUCUCCGCGCCCGACUUCAAGGAGGUCAAGGACCGCGCCAAGAUCUACUGGACGCCGAUGUACUAGAGGGCAGGCGGCGCUACUGGGCAGGCGCGUAGCAGGCGGCAGAGGAGGAGGAUAGGGAUGGGCUGCACAACGGGGGGCGCGCUGGGCUCAGCAGCGGCUUACUGUGUGGAGGAGUUGGUUGAGGAAAGGCGUGAGAAGGAGCGGCGGCCGGUUCGGUGCCUAGCAGUUGGAGCUCUGGGGAGUGGCCCUGCGAUGCGGGGCGCCUGCUUGGCUCAUGGUGCGUGUGAGCAACCUGAAGCCAGCUCUUGGCCAGCGGGCAUGCGUAUAUGCUGGCAGCCUGGCGCCGUCGCAUAGCACGCUUGCUGAGGUGGGUGUGAGGCUAAGCUGGCAGGUACCAGUAGGGUGGACCGCCGUGGCGCGCGGAGGCUCGGCGCCCGGUGACGCAGCCUGGAGGAUGAGGCUGGUUUGGCUUAUCUGUUAGAUGGAGUAGGUCGCGGCUGUGCGCAGAUUUAGUGCGGCUGUGGUGGCUCGUUGCGGCGCGUUUAGGAUACGAGAAAGCAACAGGGAUGUCGUGUCUGGGGCUCGACGUGUGUGUUUUGGUGUGGGGAAAACCGUCGUGGGUGGCUGCAGAGUUGUAUGUUUGGAAGUCACUGUAAGCUUGAUAUAAU